AUGGGCGGUGGCCGGGGGGCGUGGCCGCAGCGCGAAGGCCGGCGGCGGGCGGCGGCUGCAGUUCCCGGCGCGCGCUGGCUCCGGCGGCCGCUCUGCAGCAUGGCCGGGCUGGGGCGGCCGGGCCCGGGGCCCCGCGCCGCGCUACCCGCCUGGAAGCGGGAGAUCCUGGAGCGGAAGCGGGCCAAGCUGGCCGCCCAGGGCGGGGGCGCAGGCGCGGCGCCGGGGGCAGGGGCGGGCGCGGCGGGGCCUACGGAGCCGGAGGCCGAGCGGCUGGUGCUGGCCGACAGCCUGGGCCCGCUGCGCGAGAACCCGUUCAUGCGGCUGGAGUCGGAGCGGCGGUGCGGGGCGCGGCGCGGCGGGGGCGCGGGCGCGGGCGCGGCGGGGGCGCGGCCGGUGCAGCAGCUGCUGGAGCUGUACCGCCGCGUGCCGGGCGUGCGCACCAUCCGCGCCGACAACAUCCUCAUCAUCGAGUCGGCGCCCGGCUUCCCGCCCGCCGCCCCCGGCCCCGGCCCCGCCGCCCACAUCCGCGCCGCCGAGGUGCUGGUGUACGAGGCGCCCCCGCCGCCCGGCCGCGUCAGCCGCCUGCUCCAGAAGUUCGACCCGCCGGCCGCGCCGCGCCGCCGCGAGAGCCCGGAGCGCGGCCGCCCCCCGCCGCCCGCCGCCCCCCCGGCCGCCCCGCGCGUGAGCGAGCGCGCCUCCUGCCUCAAGCCUGAGCGCCGCGGUGCGUGCCCCGGGCCCCGGCCCAGCGACUUCCUGCAGAAGACCGGCAGCAACUCCUUCACCGUCCACCCCCGGGGGCUGCACCACGGCGCGGCCGCUCGCCCGCUCCCCAAUGGGCCUGCGGCCUCCGAGACCCGGGCCGGCGCUGCCAACGGCCUCGCGGGCUCCGCGCUGGCGCCGGGCGAGUGGAAGCCAAAGGUGGAGACGGGGGAGCUCCCCGCCCGCCCGCCCCCGAGCCCCGGGACCCCCAGUGCCACUCCAGCCGCGACCCCGGCGUUGCCCACACCUAACCCUGCCAGUGCCACUCCCAACCAGCGCCAGUGGGUCUCCGCGGCCACCAGCACCAACGACUCCUUCGAGAUACGGCCGGCCUCCAAGCCGGACAUGGACACGAUUCCCGCCGGGGACAUUCAGGCCCGGGCCCUGGCCAGCCUCCGUGUGAACUCCCGCAACUCUUUCGUGUUCAUCCCCAAGCGCAAGGCCUCUGGGGCCCAUUCUAUGGAAGGGAGGCAGUCUGUGGGGCUGCCGGAGGGAGAGGUUGGCUGGGCGUCCCAGCACCCGGAACACAAAGCCCAGGUGGUGCUGGAAGUGGAUGGCACACCUGCCCAUGGGAGGAGCCCCUUGGGGGUCAAGGAGGGGGGCUGCCCCAGGCCAGCCAGUGCCCUCGUGGACCAGGCCGUUAGGUGGCAGAGAGCAUCCUUGCCACCCCCAUCCCCGCCCACUGCCACUGAAGCUGAGCCUGCCCAGGGCUUUGGGGUUCCCGGCUUGGCCAAGAAUGGUGGGGAGCCUGGGAGGCCAGGGCUGCCCAUCACUUUCAUCGAUGAGGUGGACUCGGAGGAUGAGGUCCCCCAAGAAGCCAAACUGCCCUGCUCCGGGACUGGUGCACCUCCCUGGUACCACUCGCACCCGACCAGGCCUGGGCACCUGUCAGAGCUCCAGCACCGAGGUGGCAACACCUUCAUGGUGGUGCCCAGGAGAAAGCCAGGGGUCCUGCAGGCCAAUAGGGAGCCUGGGCCACCGGAGGCGGAGGAAGAGGAAGUGGGCAGUCUCUCACAGCCCCCUGCUGUCCAGGGAACCCCACUGAAGAAGCGAUAUCCCACCGUGCACGAGAUCGAGGUGAUUGGCGGUUACCUGGCCCUGCAGAAGUCUUGCCUCACCAAGGCUGGCUCCUCAAGAAAGAAGAUGAAGAUCUCCUUCAACGACAAGAGCCUGCAGACCACAUUCGAGUACCCUUCUGAAAGCUCCCUGGUGCAGGAGGCAGAGGCGGAAGCAGAGGAGGGGGAGGAGGAGGAAGAGGAGGAGGAGGAGGAGGAGGAGGCGGAGGCGGAGGAGGCGGAGGCGGAGGAGGCGGCGGAGGCGUCUGGCGCAGAGGAGGUGGUGGAGAAGCCCUUUGCACUCUUCCUGCCCCGAGCCACGUUCGUGAACAGUGUGGGGCCCGAGAGCCCUCGGCUGCUAGACAGCAGCUCAGGCUUGUCCAGCUAUACUCCAAAGCAUUCCUUGGCCUUCAGUAAGUGGCAGGAGCAGACGCUGGAGCCGGCUCCCAGCGAGGUGGAGCCUGUGCCGAAGGAGGUCAUGCUCACCCCCGCCAGUCAGAAAGACCUCUCGGACUUCCGCAGCGAGCCAGCCCUCUAUUUCUGACCCCGGCCCUGCCAGGAUGGCCAAGGCAGAGCCCUGGGAGCUCCGCCCUCAUUCUGCACCCCUCUUCUGCCCUGCCAGGCUCUGCCCUCCAUGUCACACCCUCCCUUCCUAGGACCUCACAGCCAUGCUGGUACUCAGGGCCUGAGGCUGGGGCACCUGGGGCUCCUUUUUCUCUUGGGGCUGUCUGGGUCUCGCUCUCUGGCCCUGGUUUGGGGCACUGCCUGUUGAGGAGGGACGGGGUCCUGGCGGACGCUGUGCCCAGCAGCUGCCAAGUGUGUCCCAGGCGAAGGGCUGGCCUGGCUGCCUGUCCUCUGCAGGACUCCAAGCCUCCCCAGCCUACACCCCCACGGUGGAGCUCAGCCCACCCCCUUUGUGAUGAAUGGCAAGUCUUUUCUCGCCUCUGAUGAUGGACUCAAUAAAUAGCACUGGACGAACUGC